AUGUGGCCAAAAAACAAGGAAGAAGAAGACCAUAUACAGUUUCCUGAGGAAGUUGAUGAUGACUUCAUUGAAGACUUUGUCAGAGUACAAUGGCAACUUCUAGCACCAUCCUUCAAGUCUCCCAAGUCUAGCUCUUCACGUUGCAACUUCUAUGAGUUCGAUGACAAGACGAUAUUACCUAUCACCAAAAUCUCAAAGAAUAAGCACACGGGUGGCUUUGGGGUCGUUGAAAGGGUACAGUUACACGAGGAACAUCAUGAGUUUAAACACCCGCAUUUUGCUCUCAAAACUAUCCAUUCCAUGAUGCGGUUCGAUCUGAAGAAAGCAUUGUUCGAGCAAGAACUAAAGGCUUUUCAACAAGCUAAACCAGGCAGUCAUCUUAUAGAUAUCUGUGCCGCGUUUAAAAAGGGAGAGAACUAUAGCUUUCUGUUUCCGUGGGCAGAUGGAGGCCCCCUCAAUCAUUUGUGGACUAAAGAUCCACAGACAAUUGUUUCAAAGAAACAAGUGCAAUGGCCAGAAUUUAGUCAGUGGAUUUGCAGGCAAUGCCAUGGAAUUAUUCGAGAUCUCCGAGCUAUCCAUGACCCGCACGACACGUCCCAAACAAAAGAUGAAGCUGAUGAUGAUGAACUCUAUGGAAUUCACAGCGACAUCAAGCCGGACAACAUCUUACACUUUACUGACGAUGGUACGCCAUUGGGGAUUCUCAAGGUUUCAGACUUGGGCCUUAUGAAAUUCCACAGACUCGUCUCUCGAACGGUGCAGUCGAAGUCUAUGGGUGCCGCCUAUCAGACAUACAGAUCACCUGAACACGACACAGGUAUGAUGCGAUCAAGGAAAGUUGACAUAUGGGCAUUUGGUUGUCUUUUUGCCGAGUUCAUUACGUGGGCGAUUGCGGGCCAGGGCGGGAUUGACCAUUUCAAAAACUUGCGAAUAGAAGAAGACAAACGCUCCCCUGAUCCAAACAAGGGUGAAUGGUCUGAAGACCACUUCUUCACAAUGAGGACCGGGCAACCGAAACAAAAAGACUCUGUCGCAGAGUGGUUUACGGACCUCACUAGGGGCUUUGGCGAAAAUACAUUCUUCUCACAAUUUCUAAGUUUUAUCCAAAACUCCAUGCUUCAUCCCGAUAGAAACACUCGGGUGGAUGCCAAAGAGGUUGAACAAUUCUUGGAGAGAUGCUUAGGAAAUAACGAGAAUUCAUAUUGGCUCUAUGACGGAAAAUUGACGGAGAAAUACAGUCUCAGCAGGAGCUCGACAAAUUCAAGCUCUUGGUCGCGAGACUCGACGGCUCUUUGA